GGACGUUUGUGUGUCCGCCCCAGUCAGCACCCUGCUUCCAGGGACGGGCGCUGGGACACCCGCAGGAUCUCCUUGGGGAGCUGAGCAAUCCCAGAGCCCCGUGUGCUGCAGCAGCAUGGCCCAGAGGGGCCGAGGUGCAGCCCGCAAAGCCUCCAAGAAGUCUGCAAAGGAGCCGGCAGCGGCGAGGGCUCCUGACAUGGACUCUCUGGGCUUCCAGGCCAUGGACAGCAAUGUGCCGGGGCUGUCCCACGUCAUCCUGCAGAAGCUCAACAUGAAGAGCUACGAGGACUACAAGUCUGCCAUGGAUGGAAGGAAGAAGGGCAGUGACUUUGGCAUCCGGACUUACUUCGACAUGUUCCAGAAGAUGGAGGACACCUUCAAGUUCUGCGCCGAGUGCAAGAAGCUCCCUGAUGCCCUCCCUGAUCCCAAAAGUCUCCGGCGAUGCAAGAGAUGUCAAAACGUGUACUACUGCAGCGUGGCAUGCCAGCGUGCCAACUGGCCUGUGCACAAAAAGUUCUGCAAGAAGCUGAAACUGGUGGCCUUGGACCGGCUGGUGGAGUGGCUCAUCUUCACAGGUGACAUUCCCUUCCCCACGGAGACCUGGACAAAACCCGCUGGGGAUGUGGCAGGCUGGGAGGACUGGUUCUCUAUGCAGGAGCAGCUGGAGGAGAAGCUGGAUGCUGUGCUGGCUGGGCGCUACAUGAGCCUCCUCUGGGCCAACGCAGGCAAACCACGACCAGAGGAUGGAGAGCUGCGUGAGUCUGUUCGGCGCCUCGUCACUGACUUCCACUCACGGCCACUCACCAUCGGCCUGGGGCUGCGUCUGUUCGGCAUCGAUCCCCUUGCCAAGCCUCUCACCAUUCACGUGGUGGGGGCAUCCCACGUUGAGACCCUCAACACCCGGGUGACAGACUAUGAUGAGCUGGCACGGAUGUUCCCAGGCCAGCAGGGAAUGGAGGUGGUGAUGGUGGGGGUUGAUGUGGUAGAUGGGCCCAUCAUGAGGCCCCCCUUGGCCACGUCAGGACCCCCAGGAAGGAUCUAUCUCAGCAGCUACAAGGGUCUGUACCACGACUUCUGGGAAGACCAAGUGGAGACCAAGAUGGCAGCCCGCCCUGACCUGGUGGUGGGCUUCCACCCAGGUUUCCAUGCCUGCCACGACCUCAUGGCAGGCUGGCUGCCCACGCUGCUGCUUCUGCGGGACUACUGCCUGCCCACUCUCUUCACUGUCUACAGUGAGCAGGAGCUGAAGUCCUCACUGCAGAUCCUGGUGGAGCUGGAGACAUGCGUCACAGGUUAUGCUGCCAACCCCUUUGCCUCACUGCGGCCCGAGCAGGUCUAUUCCAGCCCCAACAAGGCACCUGUGUACUGCAGCUCUCACUAUAUCACCCUGCUGGGGCCAGCCACCUCUCUCAGGGAGCUGGAUGGUGAUAGCGAUGACGACUAGCAGGGACGGGAGCUGUUUCUAUCCGUGCAACUGCAGGUAUUGGUGAGCUGACCCAGCUCAGUCCUCUCUGUCCUGCCCCACAAACCCCAAUCUCACUGCUGCCUUUCCCAGCCCAGCUGAAGUGUCCAGUGUGUGCCAUGUGGGUGGACAGCACAAGCACAGCUCUGCACUGCAGGGCCCAAUAAACCACCACCAGGAGCCAGUCA